AGAGUUCAAUGCUUCAAUUCCUUUAAAUUCCAAAUGCAAAGGUUUUUGAUUCGUGCCCCACUUUCCACUUCCAAAUCCCACUUUCCUUUUCAAUCUUUCAAUUCCAUCCACUAACUUUUUCUCUCCUCUUGGGAUUCUCCAAGUCAAACAUUCUUAAUGGCUGAUGAUGCAAUUACUGCUAUAAAUAGCAUGCACUGGUGGCUCACUGUCAGUAGACACAUUACAAAGUAGAGUUAACUCAAGCUUGUCUAGCUGUUAAUAAAUUCUAGAGUAUUUGUUUUUUCCUUACAAUAAUAGUUUUAUCUUUGAGAAAGAUAACUAUCUGAUUUAACUCGUUCUUAAUAGUCACGAUGGACCCUGAAGAAGGUGUGUCAGCUCCUUCAACACCAGCAACACCAGGAACUCCUAGUUUUCCUCUCUUUGGCGGAUUAAAGCACGAGAGAAAAAAUGGCAAUGGCAAAAAAUCCCUUCUUAAGAGCUGUAAAUGCUUCAGUGUCGAAGCAUGGGCCACGGAAGAAGGAACCUUGCCCGCUGUUUCAUGCAUGUUACCUCCUCCUCCUGUCUCCCUAGCCAGAAAGGUGGGAGCAGAGUUUAUAGGUACUCUGAUACUAAUCUUUGCAGGGACAGCCACACCAAUUGUGAACCAGAAGACACAAGGCUCUGAAACCUUAAUUGGACUGGCUGCCUCGAGUGGGCUGGCUGUAAUGAUUGUCAUUCUGUCAACUGGCCACAUCUCUGGAGCCCAUCUCAACCCUGCUCUGACCAUUGCUUUUGCUGCUCUCAAGCAUUUCCCCUGGAAACAUGUUCCUGUGUAUAUUGGAGCACAAAUUAUAGCAUCAUUAUGUGCUGCAUUCACACUAAAGGUGGUUUUGCACCCAAUAAUGGGUGGUGGAGUCACUGUUCCUUCUGGUAGUUAUAUUCAAGCUUUUGCGUUGGAGUUCAUCAUCAGCUUUAAUCUCAUGUUUGUUGUCACUGCCGUGGCCACCGACACCAGAGCUGUGGGAGAGCUUGCUGGAAUUGCAGUAGGAGCCACUGUCAUGCUCAACAUACUAAUAGCUGGAGAGACAACUGGAGCUUCAAUGAAUCCAGUGAGAACCCUGGGACCAGCAGUAGCAGCAGGAAACUACAAAGCCAUUUGGAUCUACCUCACUGCUCCUAUUCUCGGUGCUCUCGUUGGGGCAGGUGUUUACACUGCUGUCAAACUGCCUGAUGAAGACAGCAGCAAUCAUGCGAAGUCUUCACUGGAACAUAGUUUCAGAAGGUGAUUCAUCAGUAACACCAUUAAACCAUGAUAAUCACCUAUUUUAGUCGAUGUGUGCAGUUUUAUAAAUGUAAAGCAUCUGGAAGUCAAGGGUGGGUUGAAUAAAACAAAAUCUUUCCACUCUCUCCAAAUGUACAGAUUUUGAGCAAGAUAAAACUUAUCAAAGAACAGAUAAGAGCAGGAUAUAAUGAUGGAGAGAGGAAAGAAAGGAAUGAGCAUUGGUGCCUAUGUUUGAGAAGAGCUACUAUAGGCAAAUUUAUGGGAUUUGUAGAAUUGGUUAGUUUUUACUGGAUUGUAUAAUAGAUUUCUGUAUAACAUGUGUUUCGGUUCACAGAACUAGUGCAAUAUGAAGUGGAAAUUCUUCUUUUUUUUUUUCUUAA